GUGCAACUUCUUUGGACACAAUUUGUCUGCUUCUUCCAUAAGUACUUCUACUCUGUUCUCGCAGACAAUAAUAAUAAAAAAAACAAAUAAUACAAACGAGAAAUUGAAAAUGUCGAACAGAGACGAGAAGAAAGCCACGACAGGGGAAGAGUUGCCACUGGAGAGCAGUCCGUACACGAAGUACGAAGAUCUGGAAGAUUACAAGAACAAUGCGUACGGAACCUCCGGCCACCAAGAGGUGAAGCCCGGCCGCGGCGCCGGCGGCACCGACGCUCCAACGCCCUCCGGCGGCGCUCCUCCAUCCGCCAUCGAUUCCGGCGACCAAAAGUCCAAGAAGUGAAAAGCCUGUACACAUUUUUGUCCAUCAUGUGUUUCAUGCAUCAUCAUCAUGCAUGACCCACAUGA